AGCAGAGAGGCGUCUGUAUGUGCAGUGAAGCCAGCAGAGCGGAGCAGGCAGUCCUAAGGACAGGGAGCAAACUGCCUUUCAGCUCUCACAUGUAUAAAUAAUUUACUUCUAUCCACCUGUGCCCAGAAUAACAAUUUGCUGCCUGAAAUCUCAGAGCUGGUGCUGGGAGGCUGCCAGGGACUCGCUUUCCCGGGACCCCCUGGACCUGUUGGGAAGGGGUCUGGGUCUCCAGAGGGAUCUGCCCCUAGUGGGAAGAGGCUCCGCGAAGCAAACACAGGAGCAUCCGUUCGGCUGAUCGCAUUAGGUCCUCACGCUGCCGCCGCCGCCACUUCGAUAUCUGCCUAUGCAGCCAUCCGUGCGUUUGGACAACCUAUAGACAGGGAGAGUGCAUGGUAUUUCACUGGAUUGUCCAGGACUUUGCCUGCCUACAACAGGAGUUCCUCAACCAUAAAAGAAAGGUGUCGGCGCUGGCUGCGGGCAGCGCCUGCGGGUGGCAGCGCCCCGGGGGCGCGCGGAGCCCCGGGGGCGCGCGGAGCCCCGCGCCCGCCCCGCCAGGAGGCACCGAAGGGAUGGGCUGAACCCACGGGAGGAACCAGCGCCCCGCCAGACAGAGAUUCGGGGGCCCGUCGGGAGGCGUGAAGGGCCCAGCUUCAGUAAGGGCAUGGCCAAAGCUUUCUUCAGGCUGCAGAAGUUUCUCCGCCGGACCCAGUUCCUGCUCUUCUUCCUCACAGCAGCUUACCUGAUGGCUGGCAGCCUCCUGCUGCUACAGCGGACGCGCCUGGUUAUCCAGCAAGGCUCGCACGGGACCUCCGCUACCCAGGCCCUGCCGGGGCCGGGCGGCGAGGCCGGGGCUGGGAUGGCAGAGCCCGGGGCGCUGCACAGCCCCCGGCCCGGCCCCGGGCUGCCGGCCGGCCGGGACGCGCUGCAGGAGCCGGCGCUGGGCCAGGCGCACGGCCCGCGGUGGCUGGCGUCCCGCAACUCCGAGCUCAGGCAGCUGCGGAGGAGGUGGCUUCACAGGUUCGUCAGCGACCAGGAGCCCGUGCGAGCAGCGGGAUUCAGAGCGAUGAAGCACGCCGCUGAGCACAAAGGCACCUACAUGGGAUGCUUCAGCGAUGAUUCGAGGGAGAGGACACUGAAGGGAGCUGUGUUUUACGAUUUAAGGAAAAUGACAGUAUCGCACUGUCAGGAAGCUUGUGCUGAGAGGGCUUACACCUACGCAGGCCUGGCGUACGGAGCAGAGUGCUACUGCGGGAACAAGCUCCCUGCCACCGCCUCGAAGCCCGAGGAGUGCAACAGCGAGUGCAAGGGGGAGAAGGGCUCUGCCUGCGGAGGGGUGAACCGGCUCUCUGUCUACAGGGUGGAGGAGCUGCGGGCAGGAGCGAGGCGACGGAGGAAUGUUAUCUAUCGAGGAUGUUUUAGAGCUCCAGAAAAUUUAACAGACACCUUUCCAGCCUCUUUGAUACAGCCCAAUUUGACGGUGGAGAUGUGCUCUGAAUUUUGCUCCAAGAAAGAGUUUCCCUUGGCAGUCGUCCGAGGGCGGGAGUGUUACUGCGGCUACCCCACCGGGCGCUUCCCACUGCACGGCGGCGCGGACGGGCUGCCCUGCGGCGGGGCGCACAACGCCAGCAGCGCCGCCGGGGGAAAGUACUGCCUGGUCUACCAGACCCCGGUGCAAGACACCCGCUGCACGGACAGAAAAUUCCUAACCACCAAAUCCAAAGUGUUCGUUGCUUUGUCAAGCUUUCCCGGGGCUGGGAAUACAUGGGCUCGCCAUUUGAUAGAGCAUGCCACGGGAUACUACACGGGAAGCUAUUACUUUGAUGGAGCCCUCUACAACAAAGGUUUUAAAGGAGAAAAAGACCACUGGAGAAGUAGAAGGACCAUCUGUGUGAAAACACACGAAAGCGGCAAGACGGAGAUUGAAAUGUUCGACUCGGCGAUCCUGUUGAUAAGGAACCCCUACAAGUCGCUGAUGGCGGAGUUCAACAGGAAAUACGCCGGGCACCUGGGCUACGCCACCGACCGCAACUGGAAGAGCAAAGAGUGGCCCGACUUCGUGAGCAGCUACGCUUCCUGGUGGGCCUCCCACGUCCUGGACUGGCUGAAGUACGGGAAGCGCCUGCUCGUAGUCCACUACGAGGACCUGAAGCAGAGCCUCAUCCCCAAGCUGAAGGAAAUGGUGGAGUUUCUGAAUAUGACAGUGACAGAGGACCGACUGCUCUGUGUCGAGAACAACAGGGAUGGGAAUUUCAAGCGGUCUGGCGCUAAGCAAAAGGAUUUUGAGCCAUUCACCCAGGAUAUGAAAGAUCUUAUCAACAGAUACAUCCUGACAGUGGAUGAAGCCCUGAGGGAAAGAAACUUCACAGGGCUGCCCAGAGAGUAUGUGCCAAGAUGAUAGCCUGGUAGCACUCUGCUGUGUUUAAAAAUAAUCUUUUCUUAAAAAAAAAAAAAAAAAAAAAAAAGACCAGAGCUUUAUAGUUAAAGCAAAGAUGCUUGUGGAGUCUGCUGAGCAGUGCAAAUUCUCUCCACUCUCGGGUGUUCUUCAGGGUACUAAGUGCUCCAGAAGACAAGCAAUGAAGGAUGGAAAGUGGGUUAUAAACCAAGGCAAAAACCUGUUAUUGUCUGCCUGCACGUGCCCCUCCCUGCAAAAGUGGCUCAGAACUUCACCGCAGAGAACCCCACCUUCUCUCCAGCACAGACCUGCCCCGGGCUGCUUGGGUUUUCACAGCAGUUGUGUUGGAGAUGGAUGCACAUAAAGGGGGAGUGGGGGGUGGGCAGAAGUCUUAACACUGAUCAACAAUUUUCAUCUAAGCAUUUAAGGAAAUCAGUUGCUUUCUUUUUAGUAUAGCCCACUAGCUUCUUUCUCCUGGGUUUGCUGGCCAGGUCACCUGCCACAGCGGUAUCAGGGGUGCAGGGGGAAGAAAGCACCAGCGGGAGAAGGUGCCCCAGCCCUUGCGCAGAGACGCUCCAGGACCGAGCCCAGGCAGCCCCGCACGAACGGCACAGCCCGGGGCCACGCCAGUGCUGCUGGGAGGUGGGCAGCCACAGCAUCCCCCCACGGCAAGAUGCAUGGCUGGGGACCCGUAGGAGAACACAGAAAUUCAGCACGGCCAGGGGUGGAAAUCCCUUGGUGUCACCAGCCUCAAACAGCCCCCAGACCUGGCCUCAGGGGCAUAGGGGAGGCCUCAGCGGCGUGGGAAAGAAGGAAGGGGCUGCCACCCAUGCCAGGGGCUCAGCCCGGGUUUUUGUGCCUCCAUCGCUGCACCUGGAGAGUCACGGUGGGUCCGGGGAGAUGCCGAGGCCAAAUGUCACUGCACCCAGCGCACAUGGUGCUAGAAGUGGCUAGAAACUGCACUGAUGUGAGCCCGGACCACCCGGGGAGCAGGGGCAAAGGGGAUGAGCCCCAGCACAGGCAGGAUCCCGCCUCCAUUCCCACCAAGGCUGUCCAACCUGAAAAAUGUGAAGCUGCUUAUUGCUGCUCUCCGGAGCCACCCCCAGCAGCAGCGUGUGGUUUGUUUCUGACUCAUUUCAGUUCCCUGUGGUUCCUCUCGUCCCGCACUGGGACGCGCGUGCGGUGCGGGGGCAGCCGGCCUCGGGGUCCUGCCCCAGCGCCUCGCAGGCAGUGAGACUGCACAGCCAAAGGGGCUGCCCUGCUGCAAGAUGCUUUUCUUCACGUGAAAUAAAGGGUUCCUUAAAAACUUGAGUGAAAAUACUAGUUUUAAUAAAACAAGAAGUUUAUAUGAAGGGA